AUGGCGUAUUCUGAGGAGCAAGGAGGUGUGCCCUGUGGUUUCACCCGCCAGAAUUCUGGCAACUCCAUCUCCUUGGACUUCGAGCCCGACAUGGAGUACCAGUUUGUGGAGCGGUUGGAAGAGCGCUACAAGUGUGCCUUCUGCCACUCCGUGCUGCACAACCCCCACCAGACGGGCUGUGGGCACCGCUUCUGCCACCGCUGCAUGCUGUCCCUGAAAGAACUGGACGCAGUCCCACUCUGCCCUGUAGAUAAGGAGGUGAUCAAAUCUCAGGAGGUGUUUAAAGACAACUGCUGCAAAAGGGAAGUCCUCAAUUUGUAUGUUUUUUGCAAAAAUGCUCCCAGAUGUAAUGCCAAGAUUACUCUGGGACGAUACCAGGACCACCUUCAGCACUGCCCGUUCCAGCCUGUGCAGUGCUCUAAUGAAAACUGUCGGGAGCCAGUCCUUCGCAAAGAUCUGAAAGAGCAUCUGAGCACAUACUGCCAGUUUCGAGAGGAAAAAUGCCUUUAUUGCAAAAAGGAUGUGGUAGUCAUCAAUCUACAGAAUCACGAGGAAAACUUGUGUCCUGCCUACCCAGUAUCUUGUCCCAACAAGUGUUUGCAGACCAUUCCAAGAACUGAGGUGGAUGAACACCUGGCCGUGUGUCCCGAAGCUGAACAAGACUGUCCUUUUAAAAACUAUGGCUGUACCGUAAAGGAUAAACGGGGGAACCUGCAGGAACAUGAGCGUUUGGCCUUACGGGACCACAUGCUUCUGGUUUUAGAAAAGAACUUCCAAUUAGAGGAGCAGAUUUCUGACUUAUAUAAGAGCCUAGAACAAAAAGAAAGCAAAAUCCAGCAGCUAGCAGAAACGGUAAAGAAAUUCGAAAAGGAGUUCAAGCAAUUUGCACAGUUGUUUGGCAAAAAUGGAAGCUUCCUCUCAAAUAUGCAGGUUCUUGCCAGUCACAUUGACAAGUCCGCUUGGCUAGAAGUUCAGGUGCGUCAGUUAUUACAAAUGGCUAACCAGCAACAGAGUAAAUUUGAUCUGAGGCCUUUGGUGGAAGCAAUUGAUACAAUGAAACAGAAAAUCACCCUGCUGGAAACCAAUGACCAAAGACUAGUUGUUUUGGAAGGGGAGACUAACAAACAUGAUGCCCACAUUAAUAUUCAUAAAGCACAGCUGAAUAAAAACGAAGAGCGAUUUAAACUGCUAGAAAGCGCCUGCUAUAAUGGAAAGCUCAUCUGGAAGGUGACAGACUACAAGCUCAAGAAGAAGGAGGCGCUGGACGGACACACAGUCUCCAUCUUCAGCCAACCCUUCUACACCAGCCGGUGUGGCUACCGCCUCUGUGCUCGAGCCUACCUGAACGGGGACGGGUCUGGGAAGGGGACGCACCUGUCGUUGUACUUUGUGGUGAUGCGGGGGGAGUUUGACUCACUGUUGCAGUGGCCGUUCAGGCAGAGGGUGACCCUGAUGCUUCUGGACCAGAGUGGCAAAAAGAACCACAUUAUGGAGACCUUCAAGGCGGACCCCAACAGCAGCAGCUUUAAGAGACCCGACGGGGAGAUGAACAUCGCCUCCGGCUGUCCUCGCUUUGUGGCUCAUUCCACUCUGGAGAAUGCCAAGAACACCUACAUUAAGGAUGACACCCUCUUCUUGAAAGUGGCUGUGGACUUAACUGACCUGGAGGAUCUCUAA